AUGAAUCGCUCCUCAGCUUCGCGAUCACGAUCUCGAGCUGCCCCAAACCGCACCUCGUCGUUCGCACCGCCGCUUCGCCGUCGUCCAACCUCCAACUCGCUCCCGCCAGACCCGGAAGAUGAUCCCGAGGCCACGCGCGAGGUGUCCGUAAACCAUGCCAUCGUCGAAGAGAUCGCAAAGAUAAAGAGAUAUGAGGACUUCACGACGAUAGACUGGGUGCAAGAUGCGGCGCGCGAACAGCUACGGCGAAAAGCCAGGCGGAAACAACGGGACAGUUAUAGUCUUGGGCUUGGAGGAAGAGGCCGAAUAGGCUGGCGCAGGCGAUUGUACGAAGCGUAUGAUGCAGGACAAGCUUGGAUCGUGGUUACGCUCGUGGGCGCCUCGAUUGGGCUUAUCGCAGCGUGCUUGAACAUUAUCACAGAAUGGUUGGCGGACAUCAAGCUAGGACACUGCGAGACGGCUUUCUAUUUGAAUGAGAACUUCUGCUGCUGGGGCGCCGAGAGCGGGUGCCCCGAAUGGAAGCGCUGGAGCGGCUUCUGGCCUGUCAAUUACGUUCUCUACAUACUUUUCGCGGCACUGUUCUCCCUCACAGCUGCUACGUUGGUCAAGAGCUUUGCGCCGUAUGCAGCCGGGUCGGGAAUCUCGGAGAUGAAGUGCAUCAUUGCCGGCUUCGUCAUGAAGGGUUUCUUGGGCGCAUGGACGUUGCUGAUCAAGUCGAUCGGCCUACCGCUCGCUAUUGCGUCUGGACUUUCAGUAGGAAAAGAAGGGCCGAGUGUGCAUUAUGCAGUCUGUACGGGCAAUGUUAUAUCGCGAUUCUUCGACAAAUACCGACGAAAUGCGGCAAAAACGCGGGAAAUCCUCAGCGCAAGCGCUGCAGCAGGUGUGGCCGUCGCGUUUGGUAGCCCGAUAGGAGGCGUGCUUUUCUCGCUGGAAGAAAUGUCCAAUUACUUUCCACUGAAAACGCUUUGGAGGAGCUACUUCUGCGCUCUGGUCGCAACAGCUGUCCUCGCUGCAAUGAAUCCUUUCCGGACGGGCCAGCUCGUCAUGUUCCAGGUGAAGUACGACCGGACAUGGCAUUUUUUUGAAAUCUUGUUCUACCUCAUUAUCGGAGUCUUCGGUGGCCUGUACGGUGCGUUUGUUAUGAAAUGGAACCUGAGAGUGCAGGUAUUUCGAAAGAAGUAUCUUGGCAACUACCCGAUCACCGAGGCGGUGGUUUUAGCUGUCCUCACAGCCAUCGUCUGUUAUCCAAACAUGUUCCUUCGCAUCGACAUGACAGAGAGCAUGGAGAUUCUCUUCCAGGAGUGCGAGGGCGACCACGACUAUGACGAGCUUUGCGAAUCUGCUAAUCGCUGGCGCAUGAUGUUUUCGCUUGCUAUAGCUACGGUUCUUCGCACCCUUCUUGUCAUUAUAUCAUUCGGUUGCAAGGUGCCCGCAGGUAUAUUUGUGCCCUCCAUGGCUAUCGGAGCAUCCUUCGGAAGAAUGGUUGGCACUUUUGUACAAUUCUUACACGAGUCAUUCCCGGAGUCAGCGUUCUUUGCUGCCUGCCAGCCGGAUGUGCCAUGCAUCACACCUGGUACUUACGCCUUUCUGGGCGCUGGCGCCGCAUUGAGUGGUAUCAUGCACAUCACAGUGUCGACUGUGGUCAUCAUGUUUGAGAUCACAGGCGCCUUGACCUACAUAUUGCCGACCAUGGUCGUAGUCGGAGUCACGAAGGCCGUCAGUGAGCGAUUCGGUCAUGGCGGCAUUGCGGAUCGCAUGAUCUAUCUGAACGGAUAUCCAUUCCUAGACAACAAAGAGGAGCACACUUUCGGCGUACCCGUUUCACAGGUCAUGGCAUCGCAUGUAGUGUCAUUGCCCGCAACUGGUCUUGAAUUACGAGCAUUGGAGCGUAUCGUCAACGAAAACCAGUACCAAGGGUAUCCGAUCGUGGAAGAUGCACAGUCAAAAACCCUAAUUGGGUACAUAGGCCAAACGGAGCUGCGAUAUGCCAUUGACCGAGCUAAGAAAGAUCAAAUGGCACCCGGCCAUGCGCGCUGCAUAUUCGCCACACCGAACAACAAUGGUGCUCAUGCUCCAACCUCCGCAAUACCGUCUGCGUCCUUCGACACCAUGCCUGCCACCUCUGGUCAGCUUCAAGUCGAUCUCUCCAAAUUCAUUGAUCCCACUCCACUCUCCGUCCAUCCGCGCCUCCCUCUCGAAACUGUCAUGGAGCUCUUCAAGAAGAUGGGCCCGCGUGUUAUCCUCAUCGAAUACCGUGGUCGCCUUACUGGACUCGUCACCGUCAAAGAUUGUCUCAAGUAUCAAUUCAAGUUCGAGGCUCGUGAGAAUCCUGAAGUUGCGCGGAGCUUGGACGAAAGGCAGGAAAAGGUCUGGGGCGUCCUCAAGACCGCCGCUGGGUGGGUCGAUGGCAUGUUUAGCAAGUUGACGUCUAGAUUGGGCGGUCGACAAGGUGUGAGGUUAAUGAGUCCAGUCAUCGCGAGACGCAGAGAAGCCGAUCCAGAUGGACAGAGGGAGAGCGAGGACGAUGGAGAGGUCGAACUAGAGGACCGAGGCAGGGGGAGUGUUAGGUAG